UUCGAUGGAUACUUUUCCCUUUACGAUAGGAGAAGCAAUCUGUUUGGGGUCAAGCCUGGCCUUCUCUGGCCUCUUUUAUUACCUGCACAGGAAGAAGGCCAAGGUGGUGUCCAAAAUCCAGGGGGCUCCGAAGCUCCAGGUGAGUUCAGAUCUUCCCGGCCUUCUGUCUGCUGCAGGUGGUAACUGCCUCCCCUACGUCGUCCUUGAAGGAGUGGUCCAACCAGUUGAAGCAGCUCUCACCAGCCCAUACCACAAGGAGCUGCAGGGAGUGAUCGAGAGACUGAUCCUGAAGGAGCAUCGAUUGAUCUGGAACAGCCUAGCCCGAAGCUGGACCGACAGUGAGCGGGUGGUGCUGGAACAGCUGCACACCGUCCCUUUUGUCCUCGCUUCCCCCACAGACAAAGCAGCCGGAUGGGUGAGUGUGGAAUUGCCCCUCCAGGCGGUUGACCUGCCCCUGGAGACCGUCUACGAACGCUUCCAGCAGACCUCCCAUGGCUUCAAAGACCUCCUCAGCCACUACCUGAGCGGGGAGAAGCCCAAGGGCUUCUUGGAGACGGAAGAGAUGCUUCUGGUGGGCAGCAGCCUGACCGGCAUCGGUGAGCUGACCCAGCGCUUGGAUGGGACCCUCUGCCUGCAGCCCCCUUCGAAUGGAGCGGGCUAUUUCCUCUGCCUGGAGGAUUGGCAGACCCUGCUGUCUGGUUUGCAGUCGACCAGCAGCUUCUGGAAAUGGACAGGUGUGCUGUGCGGCCUGGUGGCCGCGGUGGUGGUCCUGCGGGCCCUUCGCCGAGCGCACCGGAACCGCCAGCUGAAUCGGGAGCGGGAGGCGCAGCAGCGGGAAUUUGAAGACUACCUGCAGAAUCACAACCAGGACGAAGACCUGCCCGCAAACGCCUGCGUGGUUUGCCUGACCAAUCCACGCCAGUGUGUGGUGCUGCCUUGUGGCCACAUCUGCUUGUGCUUCCAGUGUUUCCAGGCCUUGCCCAACCCUUCCUGCCCCAUCUGCCGGGGCCUCAUAGACCGUGUGGUUCCCCUCUAUCAGGCCUAGGGGAGUGGCCU